CAGUUGCCACGUCGCGGCGCCUGCUGUCUGAGUGAGUGAGUGAGGUGUCGGUGGCGCGUCCGCCUCGGGGUUACAGGUAGCAUCCCUCUGACGGUCAAUAAGAUAAAAUGAAGCUGAAGGAGAUUGAGAGGACAGCCAUUCAGUCCUGGAGCCCUGCUUCUCACCAUCCCCUUUAUUUGGCUACAGGUACCUCAGCACAACAGUUGGAUGCUACCUUCAGCACAAAUGCAGCACUGGAGAUCUAUGAGCUGGACUUUUCAGAUCCCUCAUUGGAUGCAAAACUGCGAGGCUGCCUACCUGCUACCAGCAGAUUUCACAAGCUGAUUUGGAGCAACCAUGGCACAAGCCCUAAUGGAGUCAUAGCAGCAGGAGGUGAUACAGGAACUAUCACCCUUUACAGUGCAGAACAGAUCCUCAUAUCGGGAAAUGAUCCCAUCAUUGGACAGAGUGAAAAGCAUGCGGGUCCUGUUCGAGGACUGGAUUUUAACCCCUUCCAGAACAACCUUAUGGCCUCUGGAGCUAAUGAUUCUGAGAUAUAUAUUUGGGAUUUAAAUAACUUCAAUACACCGAUGACACCAGGAGCAAAGUCCCAGCAAAGAGAGCCUUCUGAAGAUAUCAGCUGUGUAGCCUGGAAUCGGCAGGUGCAGCAUAUCCUGGCUUCUGCCCAUCCAAGCGGCAGAGCUGUGGUAUGGGAUCUGAGAAAGAAUGAACCUAUCAUCAAAGUCAGUGAUCACAGCAACAGAAUGCGUUGUUCUGGAAUGGCCUGGAACCCUGAAGUUGCAACUCAACUUGUUCUUGCAUCAGAAGAUGAUCGAAUGCCUGUACUGCAGAUAUGGGACUUGCGGUUCGCCACUUCUCCCCUUAAAGUGCUGGAGAAUCACACCAGAGGCAUUCUCUCAAUAUCAUGGUGUCAGGCUGAUGCAGAGUUGCUCCUAAGCAGUGCAAAGGACAAUAGGAUCUUGUGCUGGAAUCCCAACACUGGAGAGGUGGUCUACGAGCUGCCAACCAGCAGACAAUGGUGCUUCGAUGUCCAGUGGUGCCCUCGAAAUCCAGCAGUCCUCUCAGCUGCUUCCUUUGAUGGGCGAAUCAGUGUUUAUUCUGUAAUGGGAGGGAGCCUGGAAGCUCAGAAACAAAGCCAUGUUGAUAAAAUUUCUUCCUCGUUCAACAACUUGGACCCAUUUGGCACUGGACAGACUCUCCCGCUUCUAGAUAUCCCACAGAAAGCAGUUCAGCCCACAGUGGUGCUUCCGUUGAAAAAACCCCCCAAGUGGAUCCGCCGGCCUGUGGGGGCAUCGUUCGCUUUCGGAGGGAAGCUGAUCACUUUUUCCAACUCAAAAGCUACUCCACCACAGAUACAGCAGCCUGUUUCACGUCAAGUGUUUGUUAGUGUGGUUACUACGGAAACCGAAUUUUUGUGCCGUUCCAACGAGCUGCAGACAGCCCUCCGGUCAGAGGCUUUUGUCCAGUACUGUCAGUCCAAGAUUAACACCGCGCCCACAGACUUUGAAAAGAACAUCUGGAACUUCUUGAAGGUAAACUUUGAACAAGAUCCUCGAACAAAAUACUUGAAUCUGCUUGGCUACAGUAAGGAAGGAUUGGAUAAAAAGAUUGCUUCGUCUCUAGAUAACAGCAUGCGACUGAAAGGUCUAGAAGUGGAAGCUACUGACCGUGUACAGAAGAUGCCAGGCAUCUCCAGUCAGAGCUCGAGCUCUGAGGAGUCUGUAGCAGCAGGAGAUGCCUCGACAACCUCUGACUUCUUUGACAAUAUUCCGGGAGAAAGGCCCCUCUUCGAAAUACCUGUGACGGGAGAUACUGAAGGAUUGAUCAGCCAAGCCCUGCUCAUAGGGAACUUUGAAGGUGCUGUUGAACUGUGUCUAAAAGAUGACCAUUUUGCGGAUGCCAUCAUUCUCGCUAUCGCUGGGGGGGAAGAGCUUCUUGCGCAAACGCAGAAUAGAUACUUCGCCAAGAGAAAGACAAAGAUUUCACGGCUCGUGUCCUCUGUAGUCACCCACAAUUGGAGGGAUAUUGUCGAAUCUUGUGACUUGGACAAUUGGAAAGAAGCUUUGGCUGCUCUUUUAACUUAUGCCAAACCAGAGGUGUUCCCCUUGCUAUGUGAUACCCUAGGAUCCCGCCUGGAAAUGGAGAAUGAGGGACAGCUGUGCAUGCAGGCAUGUCUUUGCUACAUCUGCUCUGGAAAUGUUGAGAAACUGGUGGAGUGUUGGGUGAAAACUCAUGAAAGCUUGACUCCACUCGCAUUAGAGGACCUUGUGGAAAAGAUUAUGAUCUUACAGAAGGCGAUUGAGUUACUCCAGGGCACAGAUAUGGCUGCAAAGGGCCCAGUGUUUGCGAAGAAGCUCACGCAGUACGCCAGCCUACUGGCCGCACAAGGGAGUUUGGAAGCAGCCAUGAGCUACCUCCCUACUACUUCAGAUCAGUUUACAGUACUCCAGCUCCGUGAUAGGCUAUUCCAUGCGCAGGGAGAAGCUAUGGUGGGUCAACAGGCCCCCACUUUCCCCUUUAAUCGGGUCGUAACGAGGAGUACACGUCCAACUUCCGCUCCAGCUCCCACUCCAGCUCGGCAAACACCGCCUCAGAGACCAAUCCAACAACCCACCCAGCAGACUCCAUAUCAGACCUCUUUUAGUCCUAAGGCUCCAAUCUGUCCUUCAGCUCCAACAGUAUUCACUCCCCAGCCUGCCCCAGUAACACCUGCAUUUGCUGUCCCUGCUGAAGGCAUUGCUGGUAGCACCACCAACAUGUACUCCAAACCAGGAGCACCUCGUCCCACCUACCCACAACAUCCUACCACAGCCUCUGCACCAGGCUUUUCACAAUUCCAGAAUUUUGGACAGCCGAAGGUUCCUCCAAGUGGACUCCCAGUCUAUCCUCUUCAGAAUCCUUUGCCAGGUUCAGGGUUGACUGGCCCGUCUCUACCUACAGCCUCUCUCAGCGGUCCAACAAUGCCUGGUGUCUCCAUGUCGGGACCAUCGCUAAUGACCCCUGCCUCCAUGCCAUCCUAUCAACCCUCUAACCCACUGCCACCCAGCCACGCUACACAACCUGGGCCACUGCCAACAUACCCAGGUCACCACCAGCAUCAGCCCCACCCUCCUACGUCUCUACCAGGCAUUCACAGCACUUUUCCCUACCCCUCUGGAACAGGAGGCCCUGGAGCUCCUUCCUCCAAACUGUUCACCUCUGCGGCUGGUCCUCCUCCUCCUCCACCAACAGGAUUCCUUCCAUGGCUACAAAACCGCUCUUGUGCAUCAGGGUUCCAGGAUGGAUGGAAUGAUCCUCCAGCAGUACGGGCAGGGCAAAGAAAGAAAGUGCUACCUGACAACUACACACCCCCAGCUCCCAUUACAGCUCCUGUCGUGAAUUUCCCCACAGAUAUCCAACAGCUUCGACCACAGGGCUUCACUCCUCAGGAAAUCAGUCAAGGACCUCCAGGGGCACCAAAAGAGGCCAAUUUACAGCCAUUACAGCAGCUGCCCACAGAGAAGAUUGUGAAAAAGCAAAUCCCAGACGAGCACAUGGUGUUGAAGACAACCUUUGAUGGGCUGGUACAGCGAUGCCUUUUAGCUGCUGGUGACCCUCAAACUAAGAGGAAGCUGGAUGAUGCUGCAAAGCGACUGGAUUAUCUGUACGAUAAACUGCGAGAGCAGACGCUUUCUCCCCAUAUUCUGAGUGGACUACAUGAAAUUGUGCGGAACAUAGAGGGAUGCAAUUACCAGCAAGCAUUGGCUGUUCACACACACGUUGUGAGCAGCAGCAAUUUCAGCGAGAUCUCUGCCUUCAUGCCAGUUCUGAAAGUGGUUGUGACAAUCGCUAACAAGCUCAACAUCUGAAGAAGCUGCUAGCACCACAGGGUUUCACAUUUACUUGAGGAUGAAGAUACUCGGGAUUAUUGAGUUUUUUGCUUUUCUUUCUCCUUCAGUGUUUUGAUUCGUUGAAUAUGAAGAAAGUGUUAACGUUUUCAAUAUUUAGUGAAGCCUAUCUUUGAAAGUUCAGCUUUUGUAUCUGUGAAAUGCACCAUCUUGGGUUCUUGGCUUUUAAAUGAGCUUGAACUGGGUUGAAUCUGGUUCAUUUCUAACGUUACAGUUCUCUUCAGAAAGUUCUCUAAUGAACACCCAUUGGCAGAGUCCAGGUUAAGAGCCUUUGGAUUGUAGUAGCCUUGUGAUAGGCAUAAGCUACUUGUUUACUAAAGGUCAAUUGGGCAGUCACAAGACAUUUGUAUAGCUCUUUCUCUCCCUGCAGCCACUGAUGUCCCACAAAUAGCUAGAGUAUGGGCAGUAGCUACUUAAUGCUAGCUCAAUGUUGCUGUCAAUAGCAGAGACUGCCAUAGAAGAAGUGCAGUCAAGAAAAUUGACUUCAUCUGAAAUCUGCAGCUACAAUUUAUGAAUCAAUCAGAUAGGAGAUGAUAAGAAAAGGGGAAUCCUUUCCGAUUCUGUGCUUCACAGUCACUGGAGGGCACAACCUAUGGAUGUACAAGGCUACAACAAAACAUGUCAGCUCUGAGUUGCUACAUUUUGGGGGACAGAUUUAUUCUCUUUUUAUGUAGUCUGGAAAAGCUUGAGCAAAUUACUUUUUUUAUUUUAACAGAAAAGCAUUACCUUUUUGUAUUCUCAUUAAAGUUUAUACUAAAUCGUGGGUUUGUGUCAGCUGAGAGGUUGGAACCUAUCAAAUGCCACACUGUACUCAUUCAAAGAAAUCAGCUUCAUCAUGAAGGUGAUUUUGGUAGACUGGUUACAGAGAUGUGUGUGGCACUGGCAUUGUAGAUAUUUGGCUGCCAGCUUCAAUUAUGGAACCGUAAAGUUGGCACAACAAUGGUGAGCUGAGCUUUUUUUAAACGCAUACUGCGUUAGAAAUUUUUCCAAAUGCCAGGACACUUUAAGGUUUUAUUCUUUGCACUCAUGAUUCGCAACAUACCCCAUUGAGAGAGUUGGGGUCUCUGUUGCCCAUUGUUGUCCUCAGAUCUCAGUGGAUUCUACGAUAGAUAAAAUAGCCAUCAGUUGGACACAGUUUGUCCUGUGAAAAUGUUCUAGUUAUUUUGGUGAUAUCAGUGUAAGCAGCCUUUUAAGAUUGCACAAAAGAACCCAGUUAUUGUGUCUCAGAGGCACUCAAAUGCAUAAAUGCUGCCUUGUCUGCACAGAUAUUUAUGAACUUAUUGCCACAAUAGCAUAUUUUUUCAUUCAAUAUUGUGUAUAUGAAAAAAAGCAUAAUAAAGUUUUUCAAUUGAAA